AGAGACGGCGCGGUUACUCGAGCAAGCAUUGACGGAUCCUACUGAGGUAGUGAACGAGUGCUGGAGAGGGCAGAAAGGCAGGGCGCCAUUAUUCAGUGACAUGGUGCGAAUCAUACAAAGUCAGCUACCUUCCCACGCAAACUCGACGCAAGAAACUCCAUAUACUAUACGCUCGCCAACCUAGGUGAGUCGCUCCUGCCAAGGCCAUCCGUCUUUCCUGAGCCUUUGGGGUAGUGGAACGCAACAGCAUCCCAACAGCGGUCAGCUAUUGUCAAGCGAGCUUGAUGCUUCACUUUAUAAGCCCACCUUCAUUGGUCCUCUUCGCUCCACUCGUCACCUGCAUCCGAGUCAGUGGAAUCUUCUUCUCCGUCCUUACCUCCGAACACCGGUCCGUCAAUUGGCUCGGUGCUCAAUACGUCCAGGAUCUCAUCCCCUCAAUGACCAAGAUCAGCCAUCACUUCGGCUUGGGGCAGGCUCAGAAGCCACCACCGAAGAAGUUGCCAUUUCCCUGCAAACACCGAGUCUUGCGUGGGAAGUUCUGCAUCGGGCGCCAGUCCGUGCUGCUGCUCCAGGUUCCUCUUCGCAUGCUCGUGAUACUGCAGGUAAGUAUCAAGCAAUACGACACUGUCGGUCAGUUCGUCAAGCUCGGCAUCUGCAUGCAGGAGCAGAACUUUGACGGCAUCGAGCGCGAGCUUGUCGGCAUGAGCGGCGAUUCUCAAGCGGCGCCUCGAGCUUUCACGCAACUCCCGAAGCUGCCGCAGUUUCUUGAUGACUUCCGGAACGUCGUUGAUGCAGGUAAAGUCCCGUGCGCAUAUCCGGUCGACGUCCAUGGUGUAGCCAGCAUGGAGUUCCCUGACGAAGAGAGGCAGGCUGUGAUAGAUCAGGCCCAAAGCGAGAUAUUCCGCCUCAACUUGGGCAAGACACUUACUGAACUGAGUAUGGCGAUUCUGAAGACGGUUGAGCUCGGGCACCUCGGAGGGGCCUGUAGGUCCGGAAGUUCCUGGGAGCAUCUUGUAGGAUAUCGUGCUGUUUCUUCUCCAACUUGUACUGUGCGGGUGGUAAUUGUGUCGAACCGGAUGCUAUAAUUCUGAAGCAUAAGAAGAACAAGCAGCAGCAUAUAUAGGCCUACGAGCAAAGCAUUGUCUGCCGGCUGCCGCAGUGCAUUGUGCUCUUUGUGCUCUAGGAAAGGGUGCGGUGCGCUCAGGUGGUGCCUCACUUGACGGCCGCGCUGCUACUGCCUAUCAGCUCGGCGUCAUCUCACGCUUGGAGGAGCAUGAUGCACUGGUAUAUGGCGA